ACGAUAAUGAGUGAUCCACGCAUCCACAACCUAGAUCGCCAUAUUCCAGAUACACUCAGUCGUAUCGUAAACACGCACGUGCGAGCUCGAUUCGUUGUUUCACGCGGACAAAACGUUCGAAAGUGGAUUUCUAGUUAGGUUUUUUCCAACGAUAUUUUCUCUUUAAAGACGAGUGACAACUUUAUGCGGCAGUCGAACGGUAUUCGCGGUAUCAAAAAAACUUCAUCGCUUCCUUCUCGACAUGAGCACUGAAAGUAACAAAGGGCCUCCGAGCGUCAUUACGCUCGCUUUUUCGAUUCUGACGCAUUUUCUACUUGUGGCUCCUGUGAUAUAUAUCCUGGUAGUUGCCUUUGGACAUUACAGUUUCUUCUCUUGGCAUCCGAUUUGCAUGUCUGUUGGAGUCGGUCUUCUGAUCACAGAAGCUGUCUUCAGCGUCUCCGGUGAGGCGUACAUUGCUUCAAGAUUACCCAGGCGUAACCGAGUGACAAUACACUGGAUUCUACAUACGAUAGGUCUAACUAUAAUCGGAAUCGGCUUCAUCAUCAUUAUCGUCAACAAGUUCAACAACAAUAAAAAGCAUUUCGCCACGACUCACUCACAAUUGGGCCUAGUAACGAUUAUACUGUCCGUUCUGACCGCUUCUUUCGGAAUCCUGGCGAACAACACGGUAUGGAUCUAUCCGCGGGUUAGACCGGUGAUCAUCAAGGUCGCUCAUGCCUGCGGCGGCAUCGGCAUAGUUGUACUUUUACUGGCAACCCUCAUCAAUGGGACCUAUACCAAAUGGUGGCCCGGCACCGUCACGGGAAGGGACUUGAUCUUCGCGUCACUAUUUUUCGCGGGUCUCUUGAUACUCGUCAAACCGAUACUUGGCGCUUUCUCGAGGUGUAGAGUCAUAUUUGGACCACCGUCAAGCGAUACGUAAUUGAUAAAAAUCUUGCGUCUCGAGAGACAAAUUAAGAAAUGUGAGAAGUCGUUGCUUCAAGAAGCAAGAUACGCUUGAUCGAUCUAAUUAUAUCAAAAAACUAAUGAUUAACUAAUGAUAUAAAAAUUGGAUGUCUUGUUCUCGACGUAAUCCUCGUGAAAUAUCUAAUAGAAUAGCGAGAAGCCAAAGAUUAUAGAACAAUCUUGUUAAUUGAAUACGUCUCAUCGAUCCCAUCGGGAAAUGUUCAUUGAUAUGAAUAAUGAAGAAAGAAAUAUCACAAUCUGCGUCAGCGAAAUCAAUCAUGGCGAAAAAAACCCGAUAGCACAUCGUUGACACCACUUGGAUAACAAUAUUUUAUUGAUUACACACGCAUCAUAUACAUUUAUCUCGCACAUUAUAAAUUUAUACAUAUA